AUGCCGGUGAAAGUGCAGCCACCCUUUCAACCAGCGUUGGAAAAGUUCUGUCGAGAGGAGCCUCUAAGCCUCGAUGAGGUCCUGGAAGUGAAGUCCCUGUUGGAGUCCAAAGGCAGCCUGGACUACAGCCGGGCAAAAUGCAAGGACUCGAGGGGCAAAAGCACAGGGCCCUUCAGUGCAUCUGCGGCCAACGCCAAGGGAGACCACAGCGGCUCCAGUAUGUUUGGCAGUUGGUUAAGAGACAACUGCAUUAUCGCUUAUGGCAUUUGGCUAACUGAUCCAGACGGUGCAGGUGGUGACGACGCUGUGGCAUGUUUGAAUGCCAUCGCCACGUUUUUGCUAACCUACCAGUCCCACAAGAUGGAAUUAGUGAUCAAUGGCCACAAGGCAGUGAAAGGUGACGAAAAAACUUGGAUGGAUCGGCCCCACAUCAGAUUUAUCGGAGAGACAGGAAAAGAAGAUACUAAGUGGUACAACCACAAGCAGAAUGACGCCUUGGGCUAUUUCUUAUGGGCACGUUGCCAGCUGGCGCUAGCUGGCAAGAUGCCCUUUACAGGGGAGCACUUGAAGCUUUGUGGACAACUAUUUGACUUCUUGAGAGUCAUUGAAUGCUGGGACGACUUGGAUGCUGGACAUUGGGAGGAACACUCUGCCCAACAUGCUUCAUCCCUGGGCCCGGUGCUCGCAGCCACCCGGAGCUUUCAACAGGUGUUGAGAACAAAUCCAGGGUGGCUGUUCCCGGGCAAGAGCGACACCCUGACGCUGCUCGAAACCAAGCUGGAGGGUGCCUUGAAGCAGAUCUUGCCCAAUGAGGUGAUCACGCCCUACAGAAAUGCCAAGGAUGCAGAUGGCGCGUUGAUUUUUUUAUGUUAUCCCCUGGAUGUGGUGGACCAAGCAGUGGGAGCCCAAAUCUUGGAACGAAUCGAAACGAUCACGGGACACAUUGCCGUGUGCAGGUACCGCAAAGACAGCUACUGGUCCAAAGAUUACAAGGAGCUUUACGCCGAUCCCACCAAGCACUUCACAGAUGAAGAACUGAAAGAAAGGGAUGCCAACAUCAAAAUCGGCGAGGAGGCGCAGUGGUGCCUCUUCGACCCUAUGAUCAGCGCGUAUUACGGAAAGCUCUACCAGCGCACAAAGAAGGAGGACUUCCUGAAGAAGCAGCAGUUGUACCUCGCGAGGGCCUUAGCUGCCAUCACGGGCGACGACUGCGAAUUUGGUGCGUGGAUGUGCGCAGAGGCCUUCUACUUGGCCAAAGGCAAGUGGCAACCCAACGACAACACACCUUUGGUUUGGACUAUGGUGGAUUUAAAGAUGGCCAUCUACGAAAUGGAGAUCAGUUUAGGUGGUUGUGGUAAACCUUCCUCCAGUAGCUGCACAGUGAGCUGA